UGACCAAAACAAUCCUCCAGCGUGAACAUCAUUUGCUGAGUGUGCUCAUCGGUUGCUGCUCCCAAUUACCAAGCGCUGACCCUCCUCCUUCCAGCUUUGGACAGCCUGCCAAGCACUCUGUCUCCACCGUGCUAAAACGAUGGGGACUUGAUGCUUGCAGCAAUUAAAGGAGUGUCUCUCUCCGUGCAGGAGUGGCCGGUAUUCUCCAGCACUCUAAUGUCCGACCAGUAUUCAGGCUGUGUGAUCUCAGCGCUGCUUCAACGCUCCUGCAUCUGUCUGCCAUGACUGCUCCUCUUCAUCUCCCAGCUCUCUCCGCGCUGUUAGUUGCAGUGGUGCUGGUGCUGGUGAAGGCUCAGCUCCAGCUGCUGCCCGGUUCCUGCAGCUUCGACCAGGACACAUGCGGCUACACGUCGGAUCCAACUUAUGCUUCGUGGACUGUAAACGAUGAAGGUCGCUUCAUAACAGCGGACUCCUCGUUUAUGGGGGAAGCUGACAGGGCUGUGUUGGCGAGCCCCGAGAUUGAGAUACUUGAGUGGAGCUGUUUGCGUCUGGUUUACCAAAUCACGGGGACGGGCUCCCUCCAGGUCCACUUACGCCCCCACGGCGAGAGCUUCGACUAUACACUAUGGAUGGCGGACAAGGCUUCCGACAGCUGGCUCAUAGCCAGCAUAGACCUCCGCAACAUUUCCAGAGCCUACCAGCUUUUAAUGGAGGCUCAGCCCAACCAAGGACCAGGAAACAGCAUCGCUAUCUUUGAAAUUCACAUCAUCCCUGGCUACUGUCUAGAGUGUAAUUUUGAGGAGCACCACUUGUGUGGCUACAGUAACCAGUGGAACCCCAAUGUGAACUGGUAUGUGGGAGGCAGCCUCACCCGAGACCCUCAGUCCAACCUCCCCAAUGACCACACCAUGAACGACCAGAGAGGUCACUACAUGUAUGUGGACUCAGUGUAUGCUAAGAGGUUCCAGGAGGUGGCUAAGCUCGUGUCACCAAUGACCACCACUCCGAUGUCCGGCUGCUUGUCUUUCUACUACCAGAGGAACCAAGCCAGAGGCAACUUCUUCUCCGUUUUCACAAGAGACCAGCUGGGUCACUAUGAGGAGAUCUGGAGGCCAGAAGUGUAUGCCACCUCCACUUGGAAACUUGUCCAGGUGGACAUAAAGGCACAACAUCCUUUAGAGGUGGUGUACGAGGUAGCGUUCAACAGUCCCCGCGGUGGCUAUGUGGCCUUGGAUGACAUCACCUUUUCUCCCCAGUUCUGCCACUCUGAAACAGAACCCACCUUUGACCCCUCCGUGGCUAACUGUGACUUUGAGGAGAGUCUGUGUCAGUACUACCAGGAGCGUGUAGGAGGGGCUGUCUGGAACAGAGUCUCUCUGAGACCAAACAUCUACAGGAUUGGAGACCACACUACAGGCUCUGGGUCCUUCCUCAUGGCCAACACUCGUUUUACCUCACGUCCGGGCUACGUGGGCCGUCUGCAUGGACCACACUUGCCGGGAAACCACAAGUACUGCCUCAGGUUCUACUACGCCCUGCAUGGCUUCAGGAAGAUUGACAAUGCUCUGGCCCUUUACAUCUACGAUGAGAAGAACGUUGCUCAGGAGAAGAUCUGGACUGUGUCCGAGGGAUCCAGAGACGUGUGGACGGAGGUGGAGGUUACCUAUCAGAAACCCAUGUCCACUAAGACAGUGUUUGUCAGCAUUUGCAGAAACCUCUGGGACUGUGGGCUUGUAGCUCUUGAUGACAUCACAGUGACGCUAGGAGACUGCCGUGUAACUGCAGGGCCGCUGCGACCACCUCCAGGACACUGCUACUUCGAGACAGGAGACUGUGGUUAUACUCAGGAGAAAAAGAGUAAGAAAGGACACUGGUUACGCAUCAGGGGACAAACGCCCACCUCCUACACAGGGCCCAGGGGGGACCACACCUUAGGGGUAGGGUACUUUAUGUACAUCGAGGCGUCCCACAUGUUGCCCGGUCAGUCGACACGGCUGCUGUCCCCAGAGCUGCGCGGGUCAGUAGGGCCACAGUGCCUGACCUUCUUCUAUCACAUGUACGGCUCAGGCACGGGCACCCUGAGCCUUCUGCUGCAGCGUGGCGAUAGCCUGAAGGAGAGGCUGCUCUGGAGGAGACAGGGAGAGCAGAGUAUCUCCUGGAUGAAGGCCACGGUGGAUUAUGACUGUUCAACCAGGCACAAGAUUAUAUUUGAAGUCAUCAGGGGCCCUUCAAUAAGAAGUGAUAUCGCUAUUGAUGACGUUGUGUUCGAAAAGGGACCAUGCAAAGAUCCUGGAGACAGCAUCUCAUACUCAGGCUUCUCUGAAAACUUCAAUGAGAUUGAGUACUGAGCGAGGCACUGGAAUAUUGAUGUGUGUUUGUAUCUGUUUGUGUGCUGGGGGUGGGUUUGUGUUGAGCAGUGUGGAGAAAGAUGUUUUACUAUGCAUGACUAAGCUAAGAGACGCUCUUUUCAUUGUUCCUCUCCAGUAAGAGAUAAAUGGUGUCUAGCUGAUAACAUUAGCCAGAUUUUUGUGAGGUCACGUAGACGGCUUUGGACCUGUCUCGUUUUAUACAUCUUGCUUAAUGGUUAUCAAGAAUUCAGAAGCUUUUUGGUUUUAGUGAAUUUUCUGUGUUGACGUUACCCAGCAUUUUGCCUUUAUCAGUGAUUGUUAAAGGUGUUUUAUUGCUGAGGUGAAAGUUUUGUUAUUUUAAAAAAAUCACGAACACCCAAAGAACAACUACAGUUAUUUGAUAUGGACACUUUGUAUUUAUGCAGUACAAAAAUGAAUUAUUUUCCAUUUUUUGUUUGCUCACUGUUCAAGUCAGGUAAUGAACUUUGAUUUACAGAGUCAGUUUUCAAAUUUUAUACCUUUUUUGUUUGUUGAUUAUUUGUAAAGUUUUUUAUAGAAUUACAGCAAUGUAUAAAUAAAGACCGAAGAAAACAUAAGGAUGUAUUACA